UUGAUUGCGUGUUUGUCGGACCAUCAAUGGUAUGGAACCCCCCGACAUCCGUCAUCCAUUGAAGUCGAUCUGCAACCGACACCACACCCACACCACCAAUCAAUCCCCAACAACCUUUCACAAGAAGUUUUAAAAACUUUAAAAUCAUUUCCAAAC